AUGCACUCUCCCCCAAUCACGCUGCCGCCGUUUCCCGAAUGGGUGCAGCAGCUAGCGCACAUCCUGCCCCUCGCCGUGUUCGUCGAGUUCGUCGACGCAUCGCUGAAGCUGCACGCCUUCCAGCUGAACGGCCUCACGCCCCUCUGGAACUGGCCCAUCACGCCCAAGGACGCGCGGCUCCUGCUCUCGACCCGAGACAACACGUCCAACGCCUGCCUUCUCGACCGCGCCGACAGCCAGGGCAACGGGCUGCAGUGCAUAGACGCGCGGUACGGCGACUGCUACCAGAGCAACGCCCCCGCGACAGUGCGCCUCUGCGUGUCGAACGUGCGGGUGACCCAAACAGUGGCGAACCCCAGCCGCUCGCUGCUCGACUGCAGCACUGCCGCCGCCUCACGGACGCAACGGCUCGACUUCGUGCACAUCUCGCCGGCGACGCCGCACGUGAGCGCCGGAUCCCGGGUGCGCAAGGCGCUGUUCGGCCAGCAGCAGUCGUCGGUGCGGUACUGCCUGACGUCGACGCUGGGCUGGCUGCUGUGGAUCGCCCUGACGUGCUUCGCCUUCCUGGCGGGGCUCUACGUCGGCGCCGUCUACCUGCUCCUGAUGCCCAUGAGCGGCGUGCUGGCCGUCCUCACCAACGGCGGCGAGCCGCGCACCCUCGGCGGCGUAGUAGGCAACUGCGUCGGCACCACACCUUCCUCCUCGUACUCGUCCUCGAACUCCUCCUGCGCCGGCUUCGCGCGCCUCAUCCUCGCCGCCGACUCGCUCAACGCGAACGAGUGGUGGGGCUUCCACGGCAGCAGCGCGGCGCUGAACGGGCUGCUGCGACGGCCGCUGUACCGCGAGGGCGCGGCCGACGGCGGCGGGCUUGUGCCGGGCCUGUCGCGCGCCGUGCGGGCUGUGCUGCGCGCCUUCAUCCUGGCGCAGUGGGUGCUGGCCGUCGCGGCGUGCGUCAUGCGCGACUGGAACGCCUUCGUCGUCGCCUUCUGGGUGCUGUGGUGCGCCGUUGCCGCCAGCGAGGUCGGCUGCUUCUACGCGCCCGCCCGCCACGGCGUCGCCGACUGGCUCGAGUACGCGUGCAACGUGCGCAUGCGCCGCGUCCGGGCCGUUUUCUCGUGUCGGAAGGCCAUGUUGGGGGCGCUCGUGUACCUCAAUCCCGAUACUGUGGGCAGAAGGCUGCAGUGGGUUAAUCACUUCUUCGAGGAUGGCCCCGAGCGCAGGGAGUGGGAGUCGGCCCUGCUGGACUUUAUUGAGACGGGGAGCUGCAAUGAUGACGAGUUGAGAGAUCAGCCGUGCUGGGCGUGGAUCGAGGAGGGCGUUGAGAUGGGGAAGAGGAUUGCCGAGGUGCUGGAGCAGCAGUCGGAGAAGGGGAAAUGCUUGCCGGCAUGA